AUGUUUUGUAAAUCAUUUCCCGAAAGUGUUAUAAAAGAAGGAAACGAAUAUUGUAAUUAUGAAAUAUCAACUUUAUGGAAUGGAGAGAAGAUAACAACGAAUCCUGUUUUAAUAAAUUUUAAAUAUAAAGGUGUUGAGAGAAAUGGACUUCUUGAAAAAAAUUAUCUAUACAUUACAUUUGAAGCUCCUUUCUAUAAUGAUACUUUUCCAGAUACUUUUGCUGGAUAUACACCUGGUUUAUGGAAUUAUGAAGUUGUUGAAUUUUUCUUUUCUAAUAACCAAGGACAAUAUAUUGAAAUAGAAUUAGGUCCUCAUGGACAUUGGUUAAUAUAUGCUUUUGAUGACUAUCAAAAAAUGAGGAAUAAUUGUGAGGAUGUUGAAUUAGACAUACAAAAUUCUAUUUUACCAGAUGAUACAUGGAAAUGUGUAGUUGGUGUUCCAAUAGGAUUACUACCAAAUAAUGUAUCUAAAUUUAAUGUUUAUCAUAUUUAUGGAGAAGAACCUCAUAGAACUUAUGAAGCUUUAUUUCCUUCUACAGAUAAAGAUCAACAAAAACCUGAUUUUCAUAGAUUAGAAUUUUUUAAGAAAUUUAAUACAAAAAAUAUAUUUCCAUCAAAUUUUUCUGAACUUCAAAAGGAUGACAUUGAGAAUGCUUAUAUUUGGAAUCUUUAA